AUGUCCACCGACAAGGGACCUCCAAAACGGGAGGCACCUACAGGCAGCACCAACACCGACCACGAGGCUACCCUUCUUGACAAGCUUUGGAACGAGGUCCCGCACAAUGACCCGCAGGCGAUAAAAGACGGCGUCCUUGCGAUCAUCCAGCAGCUGAAAGCUGAGCACGAAGCCGAGGUCAACAAGAUCAGGGUAGAACACGAUCAUCAAACCACGUUGGCACGUAUCGACCAUCUUCAGCUGGUGAUUAGCUUGAAGGAAGAUAUUAGUAAAAAGGAAGUUGCCAUCUCGGAGGUCCAGCUGGAGAAAGAGAGCUUAGUGACGCUUCGCGAUUUCGAGAUUAAGAACCUGAAGAAAGAUUACCAGGAGGCGAUUCAGGGCUACAUUCGAAGAGAGAGGGAUUUGGAGGCGGACAAGGCAGCGGCGCUGCAAGAUAAGAAGAUGGCUUCAAACCUGCAGCACAACAGCCUUGAAGAGUCUAACACACUCAGGAAAGAGGCCGAAAAGUUACGCUCGAAGUGUAACGACCUGCAACAAGCUCUUAGAGAUACGAAUCAAGAGAUUGAAAGGCAGAGCUCCCAGCUCCUCGACAUCGGAGAAAAGCGUAACGAAGAAAAAGAGCAACUACAGCGCGCGGAGAGCUGUUUGGAGAGUAUGGAACCAAUGGAAGUAUUCCUAGAGCAGCGCGAUUUCCUGUCGGAAUCCGACACUCAUCGUCCCCUGUCAUGGCCGGAGAUGGAACGGGCAAUCCGCGCGGCCGCCUACGGUGCGUUAAACAUCUCAGAGUCAAGUCCGACCACGUCCGGUUCCCUCAUCAAUAGCAGUCGUCAACUAGUCAAGCUGGCAAAGCAGGACGGAGAAGAUUAUGAGCAUUGGCGCAGCUCAAGCUUCUAUGAAUGUGCACACGACCUCGUUUCUGAAAUCAUGGAGACCGCCCAGAACAGUAACCGUUUACGCAAGGUUAUGGAAAAGGACGAGCGCUACAUUGACCGGAUCCUGAACCGGAACUAG